CUCCAUCUUCGAAGCUUUCGCGCAUCGCGCAGACAGAGAGGCGGACGCGGCGGCUACAAUCGAGGAGGAAACGCGGUACGGCUCGGCUCGCCUGAAGAAGUCGGUGUACAGCCGUUCGCCCCGACCGUUAGCUAGCCCCUGCACGCGACCCUCUCGCUCUCGGAUACAACCGACGCACGCACACAGCCCGGAGAACCGCGGAGAGGUGGGAGCAUUAUGGCGACGUUGGGACCGGAGUCGGCUCGUGCUCCUCAUUCCCAGCUCGGUUCUUCCCCGUCGAUCCAGUCUCACAUCGGAAGCGCUAACCUGCCGCCCAACCGGGGCUUGGAGCGGGCACUGGAGGAGGCGGCGGCCAGCGGCGUCCUCAACCUCAGCGCCCGCAAACUAAAGGAGUUUCCCCGGACAGCCGCCAACCACGACCUGACUGAUACAGUGGAAGCAGACCUCUCAAAGAACAGACUGGCCGAUGUCCCCUCAGAGGUCUGCCACCUGGUCGCCUUGGAGACCUUGAACCUGUAUCACAACUGCAUCAGGACAAUCCCAGACAUCAUCAUCGGCCUGCAGUCACUCACCUCCUUAAAUCUCAGUCGUAACCAGCUGGGUUCUCUGCCGGCCUGUCUGUGUGGUUUACCUCUGAGAGUCCUCAACGCCAGCAACAACAAGCUGGUCAGCCUGCCGGAGACCAUCGGACAGCUGCAUGGCCUCAUGGAGCUGGACGUCAGCUGCAAUGAGAUCACCGCUCUUCCUCGCUACAUUGGCAGACUCAAAGCGUUACGGGAACUAAACGUUCGCAGAAACCUUCUCUGCGUCCUGCCGGAAGACUUGGCUGGCCUUCCUCUGGUGAAGUUUGACUUCUCCUGUAACAAGGUGUCGACCAUCCCGGUGUGUUAUAGGAAGAUGAAACAGCUCCAGUCCCUUCAGUUAGAAAACAACCCCCUUCAAAGUCCACCUGCACAGAUCUGUAUAAAAGGAAAAGUUCACAUAUUCAAGUACCUGAGCAUCGAGGCGUGUCGCAGUGAGAAGAUGCCCGACUCUCUCUACUUGCCCAUCAUAGAGCGACUCAGCCUAUCACGGCCCACCACCGGCAGUGUGGAGGACAUGGACCAGCAGAAGAAGCAGGACAGCGACUCAGGAGUCGGCAGCGACAACGGAGACAAGAGACUGUCUGCUACCGAGCCGUCCGAUGAAGACAGUCUGAGUCUCAACAUACCGAUGAGCCACAUCACAGAGGAGGAGGGGAUGAGUAAAGACGACUCGAGUGAACACAUCAGCUCCCUGACAGCAGACCCAAACUCCGACUCGGUCCGUCUGAUCGAGGAGAGCCCUACGGAAGCCCUGAAGGACCAGUUCAGCUACAGAGACUCUGCUCUCAGCACUCGCUUCGUCAACUACAUCAAGGGUCGGACAGCAGCAGACUUCGACGAGCCCCUCAGGAUAGAGGAAGACUCACUCUGGCCAACACAACAAAUGUCAAAGGUCACAGGGGGCACAGAGCUCCACAUUGACAUGAUCAAUCAGUUGAAGGAGGCUGUGGAGCUGCUGCAGGACCCCAGCAGAGUGAACACAGAGCAGGACGAUCUGUCUGGAGUUCGGCUCUACCCGGUGGAGAUGGUCACAGUGGAAGAGUCACUCAAUGGGCAGGACAGCGAUGACGGCAUCACCACACCGAAGCGAAAUAACAGAUCUCAUGCCAGCGGACCUCCAUCCUUCUCCAGCCCGGUGUUUGGACUCAAGCCCCGUUCAGCUCCGCCUUCGCUACCCUGCUCGCCCCCCCCUUCCUGUCUCGCCCCCUUCCUCCUCUCACAGGCCUCGCCCUGCCAUAGAGACACCCCUCGUAGCCAUGACGACGGAGGCAUGCACAGCCGCGUGUUCCUGCGGAGCCACAAGAGUCUGGAGUCCGUCGAUCCUCAGUUCACCAUGAGAAGAAAGAUGGAGCAGCUGCGAGAGGAGCUUGAGCUCACGGAGCAGCUGCGAGACAGCAUCGAGAGCAGGCUGAAGGUCAUCCUCCCUGAAGACCUCGGGUCGUCUCUGAUGGACGGAGUCGUGCUCUGCCAUCUGGCCAAUUGCAUUCGCCCGCGCUCUGUCGGCAGCAUCCACGUCCCCUCGCCUGCAGUGCCCAAACUCAGCAUGGCCAAGUGUCGGAGAAAUGUGGAGAACUUCCUGGACGCCUGCAGAAAGAUCGGUCUGUCAGAGGACAAACUGUGUCUUCCUCACCACAUCCUGGAGGAGAAAGGCCUGGGGAAGCUGUGCAUGACGGUGCAGGCUCUGGUGGACGAGCCGUCCUCCAGACACACCCUGCUGACGUGAGCGUUAGAUGUGGGCGGAGCUUCCCCUGACUGACACGUACAUCAAGCGCACGCCUGGAUCAACGCCUCACUUUAAGCUGCGAUCCUUCUACAGUAACAGAGUGAUUUUAUUAGAUUCAAGGAUGCAAAAUGGUGUUACGAGAACUAAAGAUUAAUUUGCUAAUUCAUGAGAGGGAAGUUCUGGGUGGAGUCAGUAUGAUGCCACGCGGAUAGACUGGUGGAGGAAUCAACCAGUGCCAGCAUCUGACUGGUUCCAGCUGAUUGCUCACCUUAAAUGAUUUGUUCUGUAUUAGUGUCGGGGGAGAUUUGUGGAUGAAAAUUAACACUGAUUUCCUCCAUUUCUUUAUAUAAACAUAAGAGAUACAAACAGUCAACUAAAGGGCAUAAAUACAACUCUAGGAUUAUUUAUUUUUUAAAGGAAGAAUAAUAAUUCAUUUUCUCUCCUUUCGUUUUCUUUCACUGGUUGUACCACAAAUAUAUUACAAAGUAUUAGGGCCACAUUGACCGGACACUUAAGAAUUAAGUUACAAUAUUUUGGUGAGUAAAAGAAUAUUACAAGAUGAUGUCAUACUUCUACAACAUUAAAAUAUUGAGAUUUUGUAAAAUCAUUGGAAACGCAUUAUCAAGAUUUAAAAAAAAAAAAAUAUUUGAGGGAAGAGGAAGAUUAAAAUUAGUUUGAGAUUCAGUAGUAAUUUUAUUCGACAGUCAUACUAUUUUCAGAAUAAAGCUGAAUUGCAAGAUGUGGCUUUAUUCUUGUAAAGCUACGACUUUCCCCAUGAAAAGUAUGAUUUUUGUUAUUUUGUAGUAUCUCAUAGUAUUUUCAUACAAAAUUGUGAUUUAAUUUUUAAAAAUCUAAGAAUGUUUUCUGAGCAACCAUGGCCCUAAAACUGUUGUACAAAAACAGGUGCAGGGACUUAAAAAAAAAAAAAAGUUAUUUAAUUACAAAUUAGAUUUAGAGUUGGUGGAGCUGCCAAUCUGAAAGUCAUCACGCAGGCUUCUCUGAUUUUACAAACCAUCAGUUAUCAGAUUAUGGAUCUUUUAUACUGAGGGGUUUGUGGGAGUAAAACCAAAAUGUUAUAGUUUUAACUAUAGCGAGGCAACUUUUAACCACAAUUUGUAUUUAAACAAAGAUAUUUAUAAUAUAAAGAGAAGCUGAGACAAGUUGUUUGAGUUGUUGUAUACUUUCAAAAAAGAAAUAUGCCAAAAAUAUUUUUCUCUAAUAUAUUUUAGGUAUAAUUUUGUCUGUUUUCUAAAAGUUUUUGCUGACUCUGUGGAGCUCUCUGCAUGUCCCUGAACCAGGUCUGAGUCUGUGAAUCUGCCACUGGGACACUAAUCUGUGUUUAUCAAGCAUCUCUGAUGGAUUCUCACAAAUCCAGGUAUAUAUUUUUAUUUUAUUUGAUCUUUUCUUACCUUGAAUUCUUUCAUACGUGUUCAAUCUGUGUUCACUGAACGCAUCUCCAGGAUUUCUUCAGUGAAACUACUUUUUUUUGUGAGAUUCAGUUCAAGACAUGCUCUUGAAAAGAAAGAUACAAAACACUCCUCGUAGCCUCUUCGGGCUGAAACCCCCGGAUCAUCGACAUCUAAAUAUUGACCGGCUUCUAUACAGCGAGACCUUGAUAAAUAUCAGAGUUGUGAGUUAGAUUUUUACAUUUUUAGGCAGGUGCAGGAUCAGUGAGGAUGAGAUCUCAUGCAGCAGCACCUCCGGCUCAGACCGUCUGGAUUGGUUUUCAAGGAGAUGUAAAAAAACAACUCAUAAGCAAUUAGUUUUAAUGCAAAGGAUGAAUUUGUUCUCUUUUUUUUCUCACCGUUUUUGUGAGUUCGUCCAAACCUCUGAGGUUCAGGCUUGAGCUGCUGCUGCAGGAGAUCAGAAAUCCUGUGACUUCACUACACUGUUGAUGCUUCAUUCCACUGCCUGCUGUGUCGACAGUAUUUAUGUGUGUGCGUGUGUGUGUGUGUGUGUGUGUGUGUGCAAAGGAGUUGCUAGUUGGCGUGAAUCGUGUGUCUAUGCGGAUCACGCUCGACACCAAGAGUUGUUGAGGGGCAGGACGUCAUUGUGGAACAACAGCUGAAGAUGUUUCAUAUAGAAAUCUCUGGAAGAUGUUUUGGUCUGUCUUUAAUCUGCGUUAGGUGAGUUGACCACUAGGGGGCAGUAAAUGCCGCUUCAUCUUCAGAUGGCACUUUUAAUUUGAGUGACUUUGAGCAUGAAGGCUGGUCGAUUCAUAAUUUAAAAAUAGUUGAGCUGAGACUCAUUUGAAAUAAACGUAGCAGGAUAAUCAGGAUUAUAAUAAUUAUAAUGAUUCUAAAGUUAAUGGACCUGAUUAUAGUAAUACUACCUUUCUGAGAGCAGCAGGUCUGUUCAUCACAUAACACACGCUGACCAACGGAGCGAGAGAAUCUGGAACUCUAAAUAUAUUUAUUUCAAUUUGUUUUAAUAUAUAUAUAUUUCUAUAACUUAAAACAACAGCACGUCUCCUGCUUAAUUGGGUAUCUUUGACUCCCGUUGAGAAAGAUUAAUAUGACUUCCUCGUUCCGGAUGACGUUACAAGAGCUGGCUCUGUAAUAGACCAUAAUGAUCUCUGGCGGAGUUGGUAUUUAAAUUUUUAUGGUAAUAUAAUUUAGAUGGAAUUUGAUUAUUUACUUCUUAAAUGCUACUACUCAAAUAUUAAUACCACACUGAAAAUACAUUGCACAUUGAAAA